AUGUCUAUGCAAAAGGAAAAUAUUAUAAAGAUAUUGGGAACUGAUGAUGAUACUGUAAUAAAUUUUAUCAAAAAUAUUAAUGGAAACAGUGAAACUUUGGAAGAAUUUCAAAAAAAGAUAAAGAACUUAGAUGUUGGCCUUUCUUUGGAGAAUAUAAAUAAACUGUAUAACCUUUUAAAUGAAGUUCAUAGCAUACCUGUAGAAAAUAAUGAUAGAACUCAACAGUCCCUUGUUAAUUACACAGAUUCUGGAAAACAAACUACAAUUAAUGAUAGAAUAAAUGAUAUUUUACAAAGAGAAAUCGGUAUAAAUGAUAUUUAUGUUACGAACUUCAUCUUAGAUAUUAUGAAUACUUCUAAAGAUUAUGAAAGUUUUGAGAAAAAAAUGAAUGAUCUUGAUGUUGGAAUUUCUACACAAAAUAUCAAGAGUUUAUUUAAGUUAAAGGAACCAAAAUCUAAUACAAUAGAAAAUAAUAUAACACAUAUAAAAUGGGGUGAUUUAUCAAAAAACAAAAACACAGUGUCAGAGGUAAAGUUCAAUCCAUUUUUAAGUAAGAAGCAACAACCUCAAGAUAUAAAGGUUAAUGGUAUAUUGAAAGGAAGAGUACGAAAAAUUACAAGCUUUGGAUGCUUUAUAAAUAUAAAGACAUCUCAAUCUGAGAAUAAAGAUGGGUUACUCCAUAUCUCUGAGAUGAGUAACGAGAAAAUAGGUACACCGAAUGAUUUAGUUAAAACUGGUGACAUGGUAUGGGUAAAAAUAAUAACAAUUCAUGAAAAUGGUAAAAUUUCAUUAAGCAUGAAGAAUAUUGACCAGCAAUCGGGGAAAGAAAUUAUUAACGAAGCAAAUAUUGGUCAAGAUGAAAGAGGAAGGAGCAAGGAACAUAAAAAAGAAAAUAUUAGACGAAGAAAACUAACAUCUCCAGAAAGAUGGGAAAUACAACAACUUAUUGCUAGUGGAGCUGCCUCUAUUGAUGACUAUCCAGAAUUGAAACUUGAGACAAAAGUCCAAGUUGAUAAGCACUAUAGACAGAAAGACGUAACAUCUGUACAGAAUCCCGAUAAACAAGUGAACUCGCAAGUCGACGAGGAUGAACCUGUCGAAAUUGAGUUAAAUCAUAACUGGAAACCUGCAUUUUUGAAAAAUGAAACUAAGAAUAUUUCGAAAAAGUUUGAAAUGCCUAAAAUCAACAAUGUCCCUAAAGGUUCGAUGAGAAGAAUAGCAAUGGGUGAGUCUCAAUUAAUGAGGGAGCAUAGAGAUCAAAAGUUUAAAAAAAAAGCGUUGGAGCAGGAAUUACGAUCUUACAUUAAUAUGGAUGAUCCCAAUAAAGAUCCCGAAGAAAUCAGAAGAAAAAUAAAAGAUUUGAAGGAGAAAAUGGUGUUAACUGAAUGGGAAAGAAAUAGAAUGGGGAAGAAAAUCAGAUAUGGUAAAAGGUCAUCAAAGCCCAUUAGUGUACAAAGACAAUCUCUACCUGUAUUUAAAAUGAGAUCCGAAUUGAUUCAUGCAAUUCGAAAUAAUCAAUUUUUGGUUAUUGUUGGUGAGACAGGGUCUGGUAAAACAACUCAAAUUACACAGUAUUUAAACGAAGAUGGGUUUGCUGAUCAUGGUAUAAUUGGAUGUACUCAGCCCCGUAGGGUAGCAGCAGUUUCUGUAGCAACUAGAGUUGCAGAGGAAUAUGGUUGUAGAUUGGGUGACGAAGUAGGAUAUACUAUUAGAUUUGAGGAUGUCAGUUCACCAAAAACAAAAAUUAAAUACAUGACAGACGGUAUUUUACAAAUUGAGGCAUUGACUGAUCCAUUGAUGUCCAAGUAUUCCGUUAUUUUGCUUGAUGAAGCACAUGAAAGAACAGUUGCAACAGAUGUCUUGUUUGCACUGCUUAAGGAUGCUGUUAAAAAGCGACCGGAUCUUAAGGUUGUAAUCACAUCUGCUACCCUGGAUUCAAUGAAAUUUUCUGAAUAUUUUGAUAAUUGUCCAGUUAUAACUAUUCCAGGGAAGACUUUCCCUGUAGAAGUCCUUUACUAUGAUGCACCAAAUAUGGAUUAUAUCGAAUCAUCGUUGGACACAGUAAUGCAAAUUCAUAUAAAUGAAGGUCCUGGAGAUAUUUUAGUUUUUCUAACUGGUCAAGAAGAAAUUGAUACAUGCUGUGAGAUUCUAUAUUCCAGGGUCAAAGAACUAGGUGAUGCAAUAGGGGAUUUGAUUAUUCUGCCCAUUUAUUCUGCGUUACCUAGUGAGUUGCAAUCAAAAAUUUUUGAGUCAACACCAAAAGGAAGCAGAAAAGUUGUUUUUGCCACUAAUAUUGCAGAAACAUCUAUUACUAUAGAUGGUAUUUAUUAUGUCAUUGAUCCGGGGUUUUCGAAAAUCAAUAUUUAUAAUCCAAAAGUUGGUAUAGAACAAUUAGUGGUAUCACCUAUUUCCCAAGCACAAGCAAAUCAAAGAAAAGGUAGAGCAGGUAGAACUGGACCAGGUAAAUGUUAUAGAUUAUAUACAGAAUCGGCAUUUUAUCAUGAAAUGAGUUCCACGACAACGCCUGAAAUUCAGAGGCAAAAUUUAUCACAUACAAUUCUGAUGCUUAAAAGCAUGGGGAUUGAAAACUUAUUAGAAUUUGAUUUCAUGGACCCUCCUCCAAAACACAUUUUAAUAUCUGCUUUAGAAGAACUGUAUCAUUUACAAGCUUUAGACACAGAAGGGAAAUUAACUUCAUUAGGUCAUAGGAUGUCUCAGUUUCCUAUGGAACCUGCUUUAUCUAGAACAUUGCUUUCAUCUGUUAAGAAUGGAUGUUCUGAUGAUAUUAUUACUAUAAUUUCAAUGUUAUCAGUACAAAAUGUGUUCUAUAGACCUAAGGAAAAGCAACAAGAGGCCGAUCAGAAGAAGGCAAAGUUUUUUCAUCCAUACGGAGAUCAUUUAACACUCCUAAAUGUAUUCAUAAGAUGGAAACAAGCCAAUUACAAUGAAAAUUUCUGCACAAUGAAUUUUUUGCACUACCGUCAUCUGAAUAAAGCUAAAGAUAUAAAACAACAAAUAACAUUGAUUUUUAAGAAAUUAAAUUUAACCAUGACUGUUUGUUAUGGGGAUCCGGACUUAAUUCGUAAGACCUUAGUCUCGGGGUAUUUCAUGAAUGCAGCAAAGAGAGAUUCACAAGUAGGAUACACUACUGUUGUUGGUAAUACUUCAGUAGCGAUUCAUCCUUCUAGUUCACUGUACGGGAAGGAUUAUGAUUAUGUCAUCUAUAAUUCAUUGGUAUUGACAUCCAGAGAGUAUAUGUCACAGGUCACUAGCAUAGAACCUCAAUGGCUGUUAGAGUGCGCUCCACAUUUUUAUAAAAAAAUUAAUCAAAAUUCGAUGUCAAGAAAAAAAAUCAAGAUUGAACCAUUAUAUGACAGGUAUUCAAAAGAUCAAGAUUCCUGGAGACUAAGUUCAAUUAGACAAUCACGAGAAAAAGCUCUAGGAAUUAAGCGUUAG